GGCGGGGCGGGGCUGGCGCCGGGAGACUAGCAGGCUCUCGGGUCCUCGCGUCCGCGGCCUGGCCGGUGGAGAACAUGGCGCUGCCCCCGGCCGCCGCGCCCCCCGGGGCUGGCGAGCCUCUCGGCCUGCCGCUGUCGGCUCUGCAGCCCGAGGCGGGCGGCGUCCCGCUGCACUCGCCCUGGACCUUCUGGCUGGACAGGUCACUCCCUGGUGCCACAGCAGCUGAGUGUGCCUCGAAUCUGAAGAAACUCUACACUGUGCAAACAGUACAGAUAUUCUGGAGCGUAUACAAUAACAUCCCUCCUGUGACCAGCUUGUCUUUGAGAUGUAGUUAUCACUUAAUGAGAGGAGAGCGGCGACCACUUUGGGAGGAGGAGAGUAAUGCAAAGGGUGGCGUGUGGAAGAUGAAAGUCCCCAAGGACGGCACGUCCACAGUUUGGAAAGAGCUGUUGUUAGCAACCAUUGGGGAGCAAUUCACAGACUGUGUGGCAGCAGACGAUGAAGUGAUAGGGGUCAGUGUGAGUGUCCGGGACCGAGAGGAUGUCAUCCAGGUCUGGAAUGUCAACGCCUCAUUAGUGGGCGAAGCUACCGUGUUGGAGAAGAUCCAUGAACUCCUGCCCCACAUAACUUUUAAAGCAGUGUUUUAUAAACCCCAUGAAGAGCAUCAUGCUUUUGAAGGUGGACGUGGAAAACACUAAUUGCACUCUGUAAAGAAUUCUUUAUCCUUUGCUGAUUGGUUUUGGAAACGGUCUUAACAGGAGGGAGAGUGAAGAGAAGACUUGCCGAAGCCCGAUGCUGGUCCAUUUAGAGUGGGUUUCUGUCCUUGCGGACAGGGGCGGUUAGGACUCCAAGCGGCAGGUGGGGUUGGGGGAGAGCCUGUGGGUUUCUGCCAUCAUAUCCUUGGGGUUUUUUGUUUUUGUUUCUGUUUUGUUUUUUAAGAAAACUUUUUUUUUCUUUUUUACCUCUCUUAAUUCUCUGUGCUUUGCACUCUUCCCCUCCCCGUAAGGUUCCUUAUUCAGGGUAAUUAUUGUUUUCUGCACACCCUUUCAUUGAGGCAUAAGAAUUGGGUUUCCCCUUCAGUAGCUCUACUGUACCUUGUUAAGGAACAUCUGCAUAAUCGCCACAGGAUUGCCUGUGAAACCACAGGGCACCAGGAGGAAGCCUAGCUUAGCAAAACCCCCUUUCUGAUAAAUUGUUGUGACACUUGCCUGCAUACUGUGAGCUGGGCAUUGGUUCCUUUGUCUGUGUGUUCCAUAGAAACCAUGUUCAUUGAUGGCCCGCACAUCUUAAAACCCUUUUAAAAAGCAGUAGAAGGAAAAGAAAUUGUUGGUUUGCCUAACAUGAAAACUUUCAUCACAAUUGAGUGUCCGGCUCAAAUCAAACUCUAGGAUUUGGGGGCCUACUGUGCUAGUAUUUCUAACAGGAAUCCCAGUCUGGCCUUUUCAACUGAAGCAAGCCCCAUGAUUUGUCCAGAGAGGAAACCUCAUGUUUGCCCACUUAGAACUUUCCAUGUCAAUUCCCACACCUGUGUGAAGUGAUCCCUGUCAUGUGUCCUCUCUGAAAAUCGGUGACAACCCCAGCACUCACACAGUUGAAUUUGAGUGUAUCUCCUUCCUCUUAACUGUGUUAUUAGCUGUAGGGUUAUACUACCUAAGAAAACUUUUCAGAGCAUUCAACUCCUUCCUGGGCUCCUGUUUCCCUCUCAACCUCGCCCCAGCUCCUGGUAAUUUUCCCUGUAAAAGGGCCUCCCUCCUCUUGGCUUGGGUUUAGAGCCACGGGACCAGUGCAGUGUCUAUGCCUAUCAAGGAGCAAAUUUUUAAUUCCCCUUGCACUGUUGGCCAGCAGAGAGAUGGGGCUGAUCCAGGCCUUCCACGUGUAUUUGUAAAUAAAAUUCCCCAUUCCCAUAUUUUAAAUGGCUCUCAGUAGCCUCUGUUUAUCAAAGUCGUGGCCUCCACUGCAUUGCUAAACACUCCGCCAAAAUAAUUAGCUGUCAGAGUUUAGGAGUUACUUCUUUUCUGAAGUCCCUAGGCAAUUUCACUCAUCUGGGUAUUGGAUACUUCUAGAAAAAUCCCAGGAUGCAUUUGUCUAAAUGACGUGUACUUCUCUGAACAGUUUCUAAACUUGUUUUAAAAGUAUAACUCAAGGAUUUAAAACUUAUUCUGGACAUGAAUUGAAAUUCCUUUUUAUACUAUAAGUAUUUUUCUCAUAGAUUAGUAAAAAAGGAUAUAAUUGACUUCCUUAUUAUAAUUGUCAUAUAUAUAUUUCCAUAAGUAAAUAAAUUUUGAGGAAUUUUUAUUUUUGAACUUUAUUUAAAGCAUUUGUGAUGACAUGUUCAAUUUUUUGCAUGUAUGUAGCUUUUGAAGUAAAAAUAAAAUAAAAUUAA